CGCAAUGUAGUCCCUCGGCUAUCUUUGAGGCGGGAGCAUCUCCGUUCGAAACACUCUGCGAGCUCGUUUUGAUACUCGUGGAGUUCCGAAAGCGCUUAAAACAUCGCAAUUAGUCGUCAACCGGUUCGCUGUACAACUUAUGGAACAAAUUAAUAGAGUGGAAAUCGGCCACCCCCCUUCGACCGACGAAUAUCACCGAUUGAAUUAACGGUGUACGUUUACGGAGGGGUCACUCGCUCAUUCGACGAAAUUAAUGACGAUGUAAAAGACCGGCUGAAAGUUCACAAUUAAGAAGCGACGAUAAAGUGUGACGUAAUAAUUGAUUUUUUCCUCAUCGAUCGACGACAGCUGUUCUCACUCGUCUGCAUAGUUUAUGCAAAAUGAGCCCCGGGUGAAAACAACGAGGAUACGUACGAUUUAUUAGCGGCUAUUUGUGACGGGGUGGUGAUGGGUCAGUGUCCACAGUGAGAAUUGGGGUGACGAGUAUUGUGACGAAAGUUUGAAAAGUCCAUUUUCUUCUUUUUUUUUUCUCUCUUUCUAACGAUAAGUGAACUACGGUGUGAUUCGAAAGUAAUUUUAUCGGAGUCAGGCCAUCGCGAAGGAUCGCGAGAUAACUUAAUCGUGUUGUUGAUUUUCUUCCUCUUUUUGUUCCCCGUUAGGAUAAUGAAAUGUUUGAAACUGUGUAAUUAACUUCGCUAUCGGUUAUGCCGAAAAAGUGUGCUAGUUCGGCGAUGAUUGAUUAGUUCUGACGAACGAAAUAAAAAUGUGUUUCACUAACCCGUGUGCCGGAGAUUAAAGGGCGCUGAAUGUAUACGAGGGUGUGCAAGGAUCGUCCGUUAAAAUAAUCGUGUUGGAUUCAACAUGUGCCGGAAAAAUUUCGUCGGAUAUACCGCAGUUGAAGAAAGUCAAAUUAACAAAGUUCUUUUAAAAGAUGUUUAACGCGUCAGUGACGAUAUGUGAUAAUUACGUAAUGAUAAAAAUAUUCUUAAUAAAUUUCUAGCCGCUUUAGCUAUGUCAACUUCUCUCCUUACGCUCAUCUUUUUUAUCGUUUCUUUUGGUGGUAACGUGAUCGGCUUACGAAACUUUCGGACAGACUUUCUCGAGGAGUGGCCAACGCCUGGCACAGGUCCUUAUUUCGACACAUCUAUGCCUUCGAACUUUACCGGCCUCGUAGGAAAAACCGUUCAUCUAGUCUGCAAGGUCAAAAAUUUGGGAAAUCGGACGGUGUCAUGGGUUCGACAUAGGGACAUUCACUUGCUGACCGUCGGCCGUUACACUUACACAAGCGAUCAAAGGUUCGAAGCACUCCAUUCCCCGCAUUCUGAGGAGUGGACUCUCAGAAUUCGAUAUCCUCAACGUAAGGAUUCCGGUAUUUACGAGUGUCAGAUAUCCACCACGCCACCCAUAGGUCAUCCGGUUCAAUUGACCAUCGUCGAACCGAUAACGGAAAUCGUCGGAUCGCCGGACCUAUUCGUCAACAAGGGUAGCACCAUCAACCUGACUUGUCUCGUCCGUUUCGCUCCGGAACCACCUCCGAUGAUGAUUUGGAGUCACAAUAGAGUGGAGAUUAAUUUCGACUCUCCGCGAGGCGGUGUCAGCCUCGUGACCGAGAAGGGCCCCGUCACGUCUAGUCGAUUAAUGAUCCAAAAGGCGGUGGCGACCGACUCUGGGAUUUACACUUGCGGACCGAGCAACGCGAACCCGAACAGCAUACGAGUUCACGUUGUCAAUGAGGAACAUCCCGCAGCUAUGCAUCACGGAGGGGUUAGCCGGACGUUUGCUAACGCGCUUAUCGUUUUUUUAGCAAUUUCAACGAGCGCCAAAGUUACGUUUUUAUGAAUCAAUUUUCAUCCGAUUACAACA